AUGGCAGCUUUCAUUUCCAACUCAAAACCUCAACCAAGAAAAAAAAUCAUUCUUCUCCUCAACGUAUCCUUUCUCUUCCUCCUCUUUCUCUUCCUCAAAGCCUAUCUCCACCCUUCAAAUUCUAAUUUUCAUGCCUCCACAACCAUCUUCAACCAUGCAAGAAUGCUAAGUGACAUCAGAGUUGAUGGUUGCACUGAUCUUCACAAGUACUCAAAUUAUAGCUCUAAGUGCUUAUAUGUCAAAACCCAUCUUGACUGCAGAUCAAAAGGGUACAUUAACUAUCUUCAAAUCUUCUAUUGUAAUCUUGGACAUUCCCCAAUUUUGGGUCAUGCCCUUCUUGUACUAUGGCUUGUGGUGUUGUUCUAUCUUUUGGGUGACACAGCUUCAAAUUACUUUUGCACCUCCAUAGAGGGUUUGUCUGAUAUCCUGAGACUAUCUCCCACAAUAGCUGGAGUAACCUUGCUUUCUCUAGGGAAUGGUGCUCCUGAUUUUUUUGCUAGUGUUGUUUCUUUCACAAGAUCCAACAAUGGUGCAGUUGGUCUCAAUAGCAUUCUGGGAGGGGCCUUUUUUGUCUCUAGUGCUGUCUUGGGGAUCAUAAGUAUUCUAGUUAGCCCAAAUGAAAUUGCAGUUGAUAAGGCCAGUUUCAUUAGAGAUGUCAUUUUCUUCCUUCUCUCUCUGUUAAUCCUCCUUGUCAUCAUUUCCAUUGGUAAAAUUAGCUUGUUGGGCUCAAUCUGCUAUGUUUCUAUCUACUUCCUUUAUGUCUGUGCAGUAUCUGCAACACAUUUCAUCUAUGGAGGGGACAAGAAAGAUGGCGAAUUCACAGCCUCUUCUGAUGACAUAGUAGAGUCUGGCUUGCCAUUGCUGGCCUAUGUUGAUGAGGAGAAACCAAAUUUAGCAAAUAAAGUGGCUAUUGAUCAUAAGGAGGAAAGUUUUGAUAAUGAUUCAUUUGAUUGUACUUACUUGGGCAAGUUUCUUCUACAAGUACUAGAAUUACCUCUUUGCUUGCCAAGAAGACUUACUAUACCAUUAGUGAGUGAGGAGAAUUGGUCAAAGCCAUAUGCAGUUAUAUCUGUCACAUUAGCACCAGUUUUGUUUGCAGCUCUUUGUAAUACACAGAUGGAAAACAUGAGUUCAAGGAGUGGUCUAGUUUCUUACUUAAUAGCUGCUUUAAUUGGCAUUGUUUUUGGGAAUAUGGCAUGUGUGACUACCAAGAGUUCUAGCCCACCAAGAACGUGCUUGUUUCCUUGGCUAGCAGGGGGGUUUUCUAUGAGUGUAACAUGGACUUAUAUUAUUGCUGAGGAACUGGUUUCUCUUUUGGUUUCAAUUGGAAAUAUCAUAGGGGUUAGUCCUUCAAUCCUUGGAUUAACUGUCCUAGCUUGGGGUAACUCUCUAGGGGAUUUGAUAGCCAAUGGUGCAAUGGCCAAGAAUGGUGGGGCAGAUGGGACCCAAAUAGCUGUCUCUGGUUGUUAUGCAGGUCCAAUGUUUAAUAUUUUGAUGGGUUUGGGCUUGCCUCUUGUUCUAUCAGCAUGGUCUGAAUAUCCAGACUCUUAUGUCAUUCCUAAGGACCCUUCCCUCUUUGGGACACUUUUGUUCUUGAUGGUAGGGGUGCUUUGGGCCCUUGUGAUAUUGGUGAAGAAGAAUAUGAGGCUUCAUAAGUCCUUGGGGGCUGGGCUCUUGACCAUAUACCUAUGUUUUUUGUUUAUAAGAUUAGCCAUGGCUAUUGGUUUUCUUAAAUUCUAGAUUUGCAC